GAACCGGGAUUCCGUGGCAGCUAUGUAAUCUUAUCCGAACAGGAAUGUGUGCGUAAUCUGCGACGUGUCGGGUUGCCCACUUUGGGCUCUGUGCUGGUCUGUAAUUUAGAUUCCUUGAUUGCAACCGGAAAUGUUCGUUGCGCAUUCCCGCCGCGUCCAUGGCGCACAUUUCAACCACUGUCCGAGCACGAGGCGCGUGAAGCAGUCCAACAGGCAGUUAGAAUGCAGAAUCGAGUCAGUGCUGUCAGUAUGGAAAGUGCGGCGGAGAACCCGGAAGCGAAAUUUUCGAUGAGCGCAUUGGAUAAUCUCAAAACCGGAGCUAUGAGCACCACAAACGAUGAGGUUUAA